UGGAAAUUUUGCAGCUAUUUUGUCUUUGCAGGGACUCGGAGCGCUGGGACUUACAGCAGAAGUAACCCUACAUCGCCAUGGUGCGCCCUUGUGGCCUCCUAACCCACCAAGAGGAGCCAGUGCCACUGAAGAGCAUCUCUGUGACCUUGUCAAUUUGUGAGUUUGUGGCUGGUGUGUCUGCUACCUUAAACUAUGAGAAUGAGGAGAAAGUUCCUUUGGAGGCCUUCUUUGUGUUCCCCAUGGAUGAAGACUCAGCUGUCUACAGCUUCGAGGCUGUGGUGGAUGGGAAGAAAAUUAUGGCAGAAUUACAGGACAAGAUGAAGGCCCACACCAACUAUGAGAAUGCCAUCAGCCAGGGCCACCAGGCCUUCCUAUUGGAGGAGGACAUGAGCUCCAGGGAUGUCUUCUGUUGCAAUGUGGGGAACCUUCACCCUGGAUCAAAGGUGGCACUCACCCUGAAGUAUGUGCAAGAGCUGCCCCUGGAAGCAGAUGGGGCCCUGCGCUAUGUGCUCCCAGCUAUCCUGAACCCUCGAUACUGUCUCUCUGGAUGGCCUGAGAACAGUUGCCUUAAUAUGAAGACUCCUGUAGUCCCUUUGGAGGACCUGCCCUACACACUCAGCCUGGUUGCCACCAUCAGUUCCCAGCACGGCAUCGAGAGGAUCCAAUCCGACUGCCCCUUGAGUCCUAUUGAGUACCAGGGAGAUGAUAAGACUUCUGCUCAGGUUUCCCUGGCUGAUGGACACAAAUUUGAUCGAGAUGUGGAGCUCCUGAUUUACUACAGUGAGGUGCAUACCCCCAGUGUGGCUGUGGAGAUGGGGACGCCUGAAACGAAGCCAGAUUGUUUGAUGGGAGAUCCAUCUGCGAUGGUGAGUUUCUACCCAAAUAUCCCAGAAGCUCAGCCACCAACUACCUGUGGAGAAUUUGUCUUCCUCAUGGACCGCUCAGGAAGUAUGCAGGGCCCCAUGAGUAAACAGGAUAAAUCUCAGCUGCGCAUAGAGGCAGCCAAGGAGACACUGAUUUUACUGCUGAAGAGUUUGCCUAUAGGCUGUUAUUUCAACAUCUAUGGAUUUGGAUCUUCCUAUGAGGCAUUCUUUCCGAACAGUGUGAAUUACAGUCAGCAUACCAUGGAGGAAGCACUGAGGAGAGUUAAGCUUAUGCAGGCUGACCUAGGGGGCACAGAAAUCUUGACACCACUCCAGGCCAUUUACAGGGGAACUUCGAUCCCAGGCCACCCCCUGCAGCUUUUUGUCUUUACAGAUGGGGAAGUUACCGACACAUUUAGUGUAAUUAAAGAAGUUAGGAGCAACAGUCUGAAGCACAGAUGUUUCUCAUUUGGUAUUGGAGAAGGAGCCUCCACCAGCCUAAUAAAAGGCAUUGCUCGGGUAGCAGGGGGUACUUCAGAAUUUAUCACCGGCAAGGAGAGGAUACAGUCCAAGGCUCUUAGGGCCCUGAAACGUUCUCUACAGCCUGUGGUCGAGGACGUUUCUCUGAGCUGGGAUUUGCCUCAGGGUCUAUCUGCUAAAAUGCUUUCCCCAGAACAGACUGUCAUCUUUAGGGGUCAGAGGUUAAUCGUCUAUGCCCAGUUGACUGGGAUGAUACCGCCAGCAGAGGCAACAGGAGAAGUUUGCCUCAAGUACACAUUCCAGGGCAAGAGUUUUGAGAAUAACGUGACAUUUCCUCUACAACCCCAGCUCGAUGCCAACUUCACUAUUCACCGCCUUGCUGCCAAGUCCUUUCUUCAGACCAAGGACAUGGGCUUCAGGGAGACUCCAGCAAAUGAUAAAAAAGACGUGUUGAAAGUCAGCAUUGAGUGUGGAGUCAUAAGCUCCCACACAGCUUUUGUUGCCAUCAACAAGGAUCUCAACAAGCCCGUUCAGGGGCCCCUGGCUCAUAGGGACAUUCCAAGGCCAAUUCUAUGCGGUGCUUUUCCUGUGCUAUCAAGAUGUCAUCAAGGUGCUCAUUCAAAGACCUCGUCCUCCUACCGUCCUCCUGCAUCUCGGCCCACGAGGAGCACUUCUUAUUACUCGAGGAUGUCAUACCAGCGGAAUGGUCAUGAUCCCUAUAAGCCCAUGAUUAACAAGGGCCUGUACUCUCUAGUCUUUGGAAAUAAUCACCUUGUGCAGCUGAUUUCCCUCCAAAAGGCAGAUGGUUCCUGGGAUCUGAAUGAAAGUCUGGCCAUGGCCCUCGGUAUGAGUUUGGAAGACAUACUGGCUGCACUCCCUGUCAAGAAUGUGGAUUCCUCAAGCUGGGCCACAGUCCUGGCAGUGCUCUGGCUGCAUACCAAUGGUAAGGACUCGAUGUGUGAAUGGGAGCUUCUGGAAAGGAAAGCGGUGGCCUGGAUUCGCUUCCAUGCAGGCUCCAUCAUGCAUGUGCUUGUGAAAGCUGCUGUUGCUUUGCUGAAAUCAACUGUGGAUCCUGCCAUCUUUACCUUUUGAGGAUAUCAUCCAGAAAAACAAGUGCCUCUCCUAUGCUACUGUCCCUUUCUUUACUCUUUCUUCUGCUGUGAUGUGUUUUGUGUUUUACACCUAUCCUGUCAGUUUCUUGUCAUAAAGGUAAAGGAUGCCCACCCCACCUUGCCUGUCCGUUCCAGGUUCCCUUUGGAUAUGAACUUCCUUUCCCAACAUGUACCCUCAGCCAAGUGUCAGUGGUCCCAGAAUCUCCUCCCUUUCUUGGAGGAAUUCAAAGAAUUCAUAGGCAGUAACGUUCCUCCCAGGUUUUCUAGAGUGACAACAUGAAAAACAGGUAACAUGGACUGCAGACUAAAGGUUGCAGUAUUGAUGUUAGGAAAUGCCUGAAUUAGAGAAUUCUCUGCAUCAUAUUUGGCUAUUCACUUUUGGUCUUAUAUAAUUAUCAGGACCAGACUGGUGAGCUAUACAGUUUUCUAUUCUUAGAUAGGGUGAAGAGCUGGAGGGGAGGUUGAAAGCCAACAUCAGGAUCAAUAUAACUUCAAGAUCACAAAGAAAGAGACUCAAGGGGUCUGCUGUGAGAGUUGGCACUGUCGGCGACCUUCUUGAUGGAUUCCGCUUGGGUUUUGCUAGCCUAUAUUACAUGCCUUUCUUCCUACUGCCUAAGGGGCUUGGGUUGAGUUGUAGUUGUUGGAGACAGAUGUUUCUCCUUAAUCAUUAAACAUCUUAGUAAGAGGGUGAUAGUGGAAUCCUUAGUCCUUGCGUGAAACCGUGGGGCUUCUAAGUGAGGCUCUGAUCUAGUAUAAUAAAGGGGAAAGCAGGUCUAAAGGCAGUUUUACCUGAGACCCGAACCUGUAUCACUCACCUCGUGAGGAGGAAAGGUGCUCCCUCUAAUUGCUUCUGACCCUUAUGUCCCACAUACUCUGUCCUAGUGGAAAUGACCCCAUUUUAUGUUGUUGUCCUCUAAAAUGCUGUUGUAUCAAUAUUAAAAUGACUAUAUCUACACUGUA